CGCACCGCCCCUUGGCGGUCCCGCCCAGCUCCCGCGACUCGCCUCUCGGUAUGCUGUUUUUCUACGUAUGCCCCAAGACAUGAGAUAUUCCUCCGCCAGGGAUUGAAAAGAUGGCAUCGAAAGGUCCACGGUCGAAGCUGGAUCAUGAGGCAAGACCUAAACGCAAAAAGGCUCCUGAGGCUUCAAAGGAGCCUCCAAAGCCAAAGGUUCACUGGGAUCAUGUUCUUGGGGAAAUGCUUUGGCUGUCUAAGGAGUUUGAAGCUGAGAGAAAGUGGAAGUUGUCCAUGGCUAAAAAGAUUGCUCAAAAGGCCAAUUUGGGUGUAGUUGACCAAGCAACAAAGGAUGAGAAAAAACAGAAGGAGGGAGAACAUCGCCUGAGAAAGGUUGCACUAAAUAUUUCUAAGGAUGUGAAGAAGUUCUGGACCAAAAUAGAGAAGCUGGUUCUCUACAAGAACCAUCUAGAGGUUGAGGAAAAGAAGAAAAAGGCCCUCGAUAAGCAGCUUGAUUUUCUUAUAGGUCAAACUGAAAGAUAUUCUACUAUGUUGGCUGAAAACCUCGUGGAUGUUCCCCAUUUGCAAAGACUAGAAAAUGGACCAUUGCAGACAAAUUUAGUAUCCCUUGAGGAAGUAGCAGAACCUUCACAGGCAAAUCAGCCAUUCCAGGAGGAAGUAGCAGAACCUUCACAUACAAAUCAACCAUCCCAGGAGGAAGUAGCAGAACCUUCACAGACAAAUCAGCCAUUCCAGGAGGAAGUAGCAGAACCUUCACAGACAAAUCAACCAUCCCAGGAGGAAGUAGCAGAACCUUCACAGACGAAUCAACCAUCCCAGGAGGAAGUAACCGAAGAGAACAUAAAUGCGCCAACUCCUGAUGAUCUUGUUACAGAUAAAAUGGAAACCGAUGAUGAUUACAAUAGCUCCUCGAAUGAAGAGCAGGAAGAUGAUGAGCGGACAAUUGACGAGGAUGAAGCUCAAAUCACUGAGGCUGAGCGCAAUGAGGAACUAGCUGCUUUGCAGGCAGAAGCUGAUCUACCACUGGAUGAUCUUCUCAAGAUGUAUACUAAAGCCCAAGUUAGCAGGGAAAGCAGUCCAACUAACAAAGACACUUCCAGUAACUCAGAUUUGAAGAAUUUGAUUAAAGAUUCUUCAAAACAAAUAAAUGGCUGUAAUAAUCAUGAAUCUGGUUAUAGUUCAAGUGAUGAAGGCAAUGAUUCUGAGGAAGCUAAUGAUCGCAACUGUUACACCGAGUUUGUGAAGAAGAAUCAUGGGAAAACCAAUGGCAGUUUCUCCUCUGCUGAGCAGGAGGACAAAGAUUAUAUUGGUACUGAUGAAGGAAAGGAUGACGAGGCAACUUUAUCUGAAGAGGAAGAGUUGGCAAAGAAAGAUGACCCCGAUCCUUUGGACGAGAUUAAGUUACUGCAGAAAGAGAGCGAGAUCCCACUAGAAGAACUUCUUGCAAGGUACCAAAAGGAUGGCUAUGCAGAUGACGAAACAACAGAUUUGGAGAAUUCACCUGCAUAUUCUAGCGAAGAUGUUAACACUCACAUGUCUCCGGAUGGUCGAUCUGCUGACAAUUUGGAACUGAACAAUGACACAUUUGAAAAUGAUGAGACAGCAGACAUGCUGGUAACUGAGGAUGUGAGCGGUAAUGCCCUACAGCUAGAAGAAAUAGUACCAGAGCCCAAUGUACAGGAAGAAAUAGUGCCAGAGCCUGGUGUACAGGAAGAAAUAGUGUCAGAGCCUAGUGUACAAGAAGAAAUAGUGGCAGAGCCUAGUCUACAAGAAGAAACAGUGGCAGCGCCUAGUGUACAUGAAGAAAUAGUGCCAGAGCCUAGUGUACACGCAGAGAUAGUGCCAGAGCCUAGUGUGCAAGAAGAAAUAGUAAAUGUACAAGAAAAUUCUGUUAAAGAAGAUGAGCUGACUGAUGCUAAGGUGACGGCUGAUAAGGAAACUGGUGACAGUGUAAUGGCUGAUGCUGCUGCUGCUGCAAGAUCGGCACAACCAACUGGGAACACCUUCUCAACAACGAGCGUACGCACAAAAUUCCCAUUCCUUCUCAAGCAUUCUCUUCGGGAGUACCAGCAUAUUGGGUUGGACUGGUUGGUUGCUAUGUAUGAAAAGAGGCUGAAUGGAAUUCUAGCAGAUGAAAUGGGUUUGGGGAAGACAAUCAUGACUAUCUCUUUGCUGGCGCACCUUGCAUGUGAGAAGGGGAUAUGGGGCCCACAUCUUAUUGUUGUGCCAACCAGUGUUAUGUUAAAUUGGGAGACUGAAUUUCUGAAGUGGUGCCCUGCCUUUAAAAUACUGACUUAUUUUGGAAGUGCAAAGGAGAGAAAACAGAAACGUCAGGGUUGGAAUAAACCAAAUUUUUUCCAUGUAUGCAUCACGACAUACAGGCUUGUUAUUCAGGACUCUAAAGCUUUCAAGCGAAAAAAGUGGAAGUAUCUUAUCCUUGAUGAGGCUCAUCUGAUAAAGAACUGGAAAUCACAAAGAUGGCAGACUCUGCUCAAUUUUAAUUCAAAACGGCGUAUUCUUUUGACAGGAACUCCUUUGCAAAAUGACCUUAUGGAACUUUGGUCUCUCAUGCAUUUUUUGAUGCCACAUGUAUUCCAGUCUCACCAAGAGUUCAAGGAUUGGUUCUGCAAUCCAAUUUCAGGAAUGGUGGAGGGCCAGGACAAGGUUAAUAAGGAAGUUAUAGAUAGGUUGCACAAUGUCCUUCGUCCAUUUCUAUUACGCCGAUUGAAAAGAGAUGUUGAGAAACAGUUACCACAGAAGAUUGAGCAUGUCAUAUAUUGUCGACUUUCCAGAAGGCAAAGGAACUUGUAUGAAGAUUUUAUUGCCAACUCAGAGACACAAGCAACACUGACAAGUGGGAAUUAUUUCGGUAUGAUUAGUAUCAUUAUGCAACUUAGAAAGGUCUGUAACCAUCCAGAUCUUUUCGAAGGCCGUCCAAUUAUCAGCUCAUUUGACAUGGCAGGAAUUAACAUGCAGAUCAGCUCUUCAGUGUGCAUGGUCCUUGAUAAGGGGCCUUUUUGUCAGGCCGACCUCUCUGAUAUGAACCUUGUAUUUACUCAAAAUGAAUUUAAUAUGACUUCUUGGGAAAUGGAUGAGGUUGCUGCUCUCUUUUCUCCAGGCAUAACCUCUAGGGGCUCUGGUGCAGAGAUUUCCUGCUCUUAUAAGGAUGGUCAGAGAAGUAAUGGAACAAAUAUUUUUGAAGAAAUUCAGAAAGCCUUGCAGGAGGAGAGAAUGAAAGAAGCCAAAGAAAGAGCAGCUUCAAUUGCAUGGUGGAAUAGAGUAAGAUGCCAGAAAAGGCCUGUUUAUGGUACAAACAUUAGGGAGGUUCUGACCAUAAGACAUCCUAUCUGUGAUGUUUUUGAGAAGAAGAAUAACCCUUCGUGCCACAUGGAGUUUUCAUCGAGUCUAGCAGAUCUUGUUCUUUCAUCAGUGGAACGAUUCAAUAAAAUGCUUGGCUUUAUUGAAUCAUUUACUUUUGCAAUUCCUGCUGCACGGGCUGCUGCUCCUAUUUGCUGGUGCAAAAAUAGGAAUUCUCCUGUUCUUCUUAAACCAGCAUACAGAGAACAAUGCAUGAAUGAGGUCUCGCCCAUUCUCUCUCCUAUAAGACCUGCAAUCGUUCGCCGUCAAGUUUACUUUCCUGACAGGCGCUUGAUCCAGUUUGACUGUGGGAAGUUGCAGGAGCUUGCUGUCUUGCUGAGACGUUUGAAGUCAGAGGGGCACAGGGCCUUGAUAUUUACACAGAUGACUAAGAUGCUUGAUACUUUGGAGGAAUUCAUUAAUUUGUAUGGGUACACAUAUUUGCGGUUAGAUGGCUCUACCCAGCCAGAAGAGAGACAAACACUAAUGCAGAGGUUUAAUACAAACCCAAAGUUUUUUCUCUUCAUUUUAUCCACUCGUAGUGGUGGUGUGGGAGUUAACCUAGUAGGCGCAGACACUGUUAUAUUCUAUGAUAGUGAUUGGAACCCUGCAAUGGAUCAACAAGCCCAAGACAGAUGUCACAGGAUAGGACAAACACGUGAAGUUAACAUCUAUAGACUAAUUAGUGAGAGCACUAUAGAGGAGAACAUUCUCAAGAAAGCAAAUCAGAAGCGAGCACUUGAUGAUUUAGUAAUUCAGCGCGGUGGUUACAAUACAGAGUUCUUCAAGAAACUAGACCCUAUGGAGUUCUUUUCUGGGCACACAUCUGUCAAUGCCGAAGCUCAGGAGAUGGAUCACACUACGACUGCUGUACCCUCAAAUGAAACUGGUCUGCCUCUGUCGAACGCAGAUGUUGAAGCAGCUAUUAGACAGGCAGAAGAUGAGGCUGACUAUAUGGCUCUUAAAAAACUGGAGCAGGAAGAGGCUGCAGACAAUCAAGAAUUCAGUGAGGAGGUUGCUGGACGGCUAGAGGAUGAUGAGCUUGUAAAUGAGGAGGAUGGGAAACCUGAUGAGCACACUGCUGAAGAGCAUAAACAUCAAUCUUCUGAUGUGGAUAAGGACAAAAGUAUUGCUUUACCCAUGAACCAGUUAGAUGAAGAAAAGGCUCUUACACUGGCUGUGGUUGACGGAGAUAUGGACAUGCUUGCUGACGUUAAGCAGAUGGCUGCUGCAGCUGCUGCAGCAGGACACGCGAGUUCAUCUUUUGAAAAUCAGCUCCGGCCAAUCGAUAGAUAUGCAAUGCGGUUUUUGGAGCUCUGGGAUCCAGUGAUUGACAAAGCUGCUGUAAACUAUCAGGUGAAUGUUCCAGAGGAAGAAUGGGAACUUGAACGCAUUGAAAAACUCAAAGAUGAUUUAGAAGCAGAAAUUGAUGAAGACCAGGAACCUCUAUCGUACGAGACAUGGGAUAUUGAUUUUGCUACUACAGCGUAUCACCAACAUGUUGAGGCUCUAGCUAAAAAGCAGUUGGAAGAACAGGAAAAACAAGCUCUUGAAGCAGCGAAAGAGUUGGAGGAGACCAAUGAAAUAGUCAGCAGUCACCGCAAAAAGUCGAAGAAGAAGAAAAGGAAGGCAGGCAAGUUUAAGUCCUUAAAAAAGGGGCGUUUGUCAUCAGAUUCAGAGGCCAUGCUUGAUGAAACGUCUGUAGAUACUAUGAGUAUUGAUGACAAUGCACCUUCGCCGGAGCUUAUGAGCAAUGAAUCACCGCACCAAUGUUCUACUAAGCGUAAAAAGAUGACGCCUGGAAAUGAGGAAGUGAACAGUGGUAGCAGAAGCCUGAAGAGGUUUAAGAAAGCCCCCAAAUCGAACGGUGUUUCGGAGUCCUCAUCACAUAAAAACUCGCUCGAAGGCAAGCGGCUGAAGCUGAAGGAUGAAGUUAAUGAUUCUGAUCCAAAGUUGGUGAGAACUAAGAAUGAUGGUCGGGUUUCCAUCCCUUGCAUGCCAGUAAAACGUGUUAUGGUAAUUAAGCCUGAGAGGUUGAAGAAGAAGGGUCUUCUAUGGCCUCGGGAUUGUGCAUUAGAUCCAUGGACUACUGAAGAAGAUGCAGUUCUUUGUGGAACUGUAAAUGAGUAUGGUCCUGUUUGGGAACUGGCUAGUGAAUUUAUUCACUCCAUGCCAGGUGGUGGACUUUACAGGGGAAGGUAUCGUCAUCCUGUGCAUUGCUGUGAGAGAUUCCGAGAAUUGUUCUGCAAACAUGUAUUGUCAGCAACUGACAAUUCAAACAGCGAGAAGGCUCCUUCUGGUGCCGGGAAGGCUAUCUUGAAAGUAUCGGAGGAUCAAACUCGGAUGUUGUUGAAUGUGAUUAGUGAAACUCCUAACAAUGAGUUGCUUCUCCAGAAACAUUUCAUGGCCAUACUUUCUUCUGUUUGGAGAUCAAAAUGUGGUCAUGAGCCCCAACGUGUUACAAGUACUAGCUCUAGUGCAACCCAUAAGCCUGUUAUAUUGAACGAGAACUGGUCCACGACAAGUAACAGGCCAACCUUUGAUCUUGUAAGGACAGCUCUCGCAGAUGCUCAGGCCCAUUGUCCAAGGGUGGUAAUACCAACAAGCAAUCCAGAGCCUCGUAGGAAAAGUUUAGAAUUGGUGUUGGAUUUCCGGACAGAUCAACAUGCUUACGAAGCAGGCUUCCCGUCUGUUGUGAACGUGUCCAUUCUAGAACCAGAUCCUGUUAAGCGCGCCGUUGUGCCUGUGGAACAACCGCUGCUUUCUGGACAUCCUCAUAGACACGCUGAGAAAAGAUUCAGGAUAGCACCAGAAUCUUGUUUUGAAGGGGACGGUUCUCACUGGGCAUCAUCUGCUUUCCACAUACAUGAUGCUGCUCGGCCCAAAUCUGGCACGAAGUCCACUGGGAAGCACAAGGCAGCUUCAGAAUCAGGAAGACCUCCAAAAUCGAAGAUCCAGAGGACUGCAGAACCGCACAAAGCGCUGUCUGUUAUGCAUGACUUCCUCCGGGCCCCAGGUCGAGCUUCGACAAGUGCAGCUGAGUUCCACUUCACGUGGUCCCUGUCUGACUUUGGCAUCGACGAUUCCGAGUUCACCUACAUCGAUGAUGAGCUUCCUCUAGAGGCUGACAUCGAGUUCGCCCCGCACCAGUAUGACCCUGGCUCACUUCCUGGCAUCGAGGAGUUGGAUCCUCAUGCAGAUUUGACAGACAUAGGGUGAGAAUAAAUGGACGUUUUGGUCUAGAUAAGCAUGCCCUUCUAUAAGGAGCAGAGAAGAUAAGGAGCAGAGCAGAGAAGAUUGUCUCUGGCGGGAGCCCCAGGAUAUAGAUCGAGCCAUGUUUGGGUUUGGUCGCAAGCUUGAUCAUGUAUUGGCGGGGGCACAGCUGUAGGCUCGGCUCGGCGUGGCCACGCGAUCCGACAGCAUGCAUAGGUUCGCACUGAUGGGUGGCAUUGGGGGCACUCUCUAUACAUGUAUGUAUAUUGGUAGGUCUAGGACCCUAGGAUGUAGGAACAUGAGUCUCCCCUCCCUUGUUUGUGUCGAUGGGAGAUCCUGUAACUUAACCACACUUUUGUAAAUUUUGCUUGGCAGAUGCCGGCAGCAGCAGGAAGGAGUGGCCCUCGCUGUAACCCUGAAGUUAUUUCGUUGCUAUAGCUCCUUGGCCGUCUAAUCCAGUCAUUUUGCUACCUAGCGUUGGUAAAUUGUCAGGGGUGUGUAUCUCUGCAGUGACUAUCUUAGCUUAGACAACUAGUAUCCAACUGGAGAAAAGUCUAUGUCUGCAAACUGGUGUUCUGAUUUUCAUGGAUGAACAUGAUUGUUUUUUUUGUUGACCAAUAAUUUGUAUUCAGGGAAUUUUGAUGAGGGUGAUCCUAAUUAUCGGAUGAUUGAACCUCU